UCUGCUAUCACGUGACUGCUUUCCCCUAAAAAGCGACCUUUUCGUAGACCCCUCCAUCAAGGCCAAGGCCUUUUUUUGUAGCUCCGUGUUGUUUUUUUACAUUGCCAAGAUGAUUGCCGAUUCGGGUCUUCUUGGGUCCAAAGCACUGCCCGAUAUUUCUGAUGUCAUUGAAAGGCUUCUCAUUUGUGAAUCGUGUUCAAGAAGAUACUCUGGGCCUUGCAUCUUACACUGCCAUCACACAAUAUGCCUCAGCUGUGCAAAGAAGAAGACGAGCAAUCAACACAUUGCUUGUCCAAUUUGUGGAAAAACUACCGCUUUGACGGAGGAUAAACCUGCCAAAGAUGAAUUGGUGGAAUACAUAUUGGACUUGUACUCCACCAAUUUACAAUGCGCUAAUUGUGAUCGAAGUGAAAAGUCUUUAAUUUUCCAAUGUAACACGUGUUUAUGUUCCACCGAAAAGGAUUGUGAUCAUAUCCUAGACACGAUUAAUCGUCAAACUGGAUUGAUUCCGGGGAGCAGAGUCCCCGUUUCCAUGUAUUUUUGUGAAACAUGCGGACAAACCUUAUGCGGUCCAUGUCGAGAAGUUGUGCAUCGGUCAAAAAUGUUCUCAACGCACAAGAUCACAUCCAAAUCGACUCCCACCAAUUUCACAUUAAUCGAGUGUCCCAUUCAUGGCGAAGCCGUUGCCACAUUUUGCUCAAAAACUAAAUCCCUUCAAUGUGAGCGAUGUCAAAGCCAAAUGGAUGCUCCUGAAAAGGUGUCUCCGAAAAAAACGGAUUACUCACUCCAACAAGAGAAAGCCAAAUUCGAAAAUGUGCUAAUGACUGCUUCAAAAACAUUAACGGAAAUUGAGAGGCGAUCAAUAAGCACAGUCGCAUUGGAGGAACUCGUCAAAGAACGGUUCAUGACAUCCAAACAAGAAAUGGACGAGAUAUAUGGGACAAUGAUUAGUCAAAUGACCCAGGAUCAUAUCAAGAGCUCUGAGGAGUUGCAAGGAAAACUCGGCGAGUAUUUGGCGGAAUUUGGCUUGCAACAAAAACGAUAUGCUAGCUUUUCUCACAUUCUCCGAAAGCAAAUUAUCCUGGGAUCUUUUUUCAUCCACCAUGCUAGUAGGAACGACUUUGAUUGUAUGGUCGGCUAUAUCAUCGACCGACUACUAGCUAUCAGCAAGGAUGCAUUACAGGAAAAUUCGAACCAUGAACUUGUUAUGGGCGACAUCGACAAGGAGGAUGAUUUUGUCAAAAAGUUCGUGUCUUCGCUUCGAUUUCACGCCAACGAAACUCUGGCCAAACAAGAUCCAGAGGCUCCAAAGGAAAUGGAGGAAAAUAAGAAGCUAGGAUCAAUGACCGAUUAUCCAAUUUUAAAUUCAGAAGUCGAGGAUGACUUUUUCAACAAAUAUAUGUCCGUUAUGAGGUCGCAAGUUCAGGAUCUUGCGAAUCAAAUGAGGAAGAUGAAAGAGAGCCUAGAAAUUGUUCAUCGGGAUUUCUCGAUCUCUCUAACGAUCACGGACUUACCAGCAGUGUCAUGUUUGUCCAUAAGUUGUCAAGACAUGGCCAAUGACUUGAACUCGGUGGAUAGAGUAUUGAAAUCUCAAAAAGAAAAAUUACGGAAAAUGUGGCAGAAAGAAGAGGACCGAAUUAACCAACAAAAAAUGCAAUUCCACCAGGAACUAAAUGAAUUAGCGGAAAUUCGAACAGAGUUGAUAGAAGUUAGUAAUAUUUGUAAGCAUUUGGAACAUUUUAUGUCUCCAGCCACCAACACAAUAAAGCGAAAUCCACGAGCCUCCAGUGUGACGAAGAGGCCCAUCCAAACCGAGAGGUCCUUGGACUACACCGACGAUGGAACGAAAGCCGGAAUCUCCGAGGCUCGUAAAGGCGAGUGCUCACAAAGAACGACAGAGGCAUUGGUCCACUCGGAAUUACAAAAUCGGCUAAAAAAUGUGGAAUUGAAAAAAUCCGAAGGGAAUCACCAACCCGACAUCAAAGACGGGGAGGAAUUCCAUCACAACCUGGAACGCACCAACUCGGCGCCAGAAAUUGUAUCUGAAAUCAGCAACGUCAAUUAUCCAUUUCCAAAAUCGCCUCCCAAUGAAUCCAGUAGCCUCGAAUCCGACCAUCACGUUGAGGCCAAAGUGAAGAGCAGCACAACUGACACGUUGCCUCGAACCAAGAAGCCGUCUCGUCAAGGACGCAGUCAUCAAACACUGCAUAAAUGUAACAGUUUUGAAGGCCACGAAAAGGCUAUUAAUCUUUUAGUUGAAGCGGUGAACGAAAAGAGAAAACAAUCGACGUCUUUUGGAAUAAAUUAAGAAAUACGGGCGACAUAAAUAUUUGUGAAAAAAACCAAUCACG